UCGAGGAUGACGAAACUGUCAGUUCACGCUCAGCAAAAUGGCGGACGGUAAGGAAGGGUCUAUGAAAGCCGUGCAGCGUUUUGAGCGAAGGGGUGCUUUGAGACAGAAAAAUGUACACGAAGUUAAGGAUCAUAAGUUUGUAGCAAGAUUUUUCAAGCAGCCGACCUUCUGCAGCCAUUGCAAGGAUUUUAUUUGGGGGUUCGGAAAGCAAGGAUUCCAGUGUCAAAUUUGCAGUUUUGUGGUGCAUAAAAGAUGUCAUGAGUUUGUGUCAUUUGGAUGCCCUGGAGCAGAUCAUGGCCCUGAUUCCGAUGCUACAAACUUGCACAAGUUCAAGGUCCACACCUAUGGCAGUCCUACCUUCUGUGACCACUGUGGCUCUCUAUUGUAUGGACUGCUACAUCAAGGCCUUAAGUGUGACGCAUGUGACAUGAAUGUCCACAAAAGAUGUGAAAUGAACGUUCCCAAGCUCUGCGGCAUCGACCACACAGAAAGGAGAGGACGGAUUUAUCUUAGAAUUACACAUCUAACUGGCAAAUUGAAAAUUGAAGUCCUCGAGGCCCGAAACCUGCCACCCAUGGACCCGAAUGGACUGGCUGACCCAUACGUCAAAGUAAAGCUCAUCCCAGAUGAGUCUAACAAGUCCAAGAAAAAGACGAAAACAGUCAAGUCUACACUCAACCCUGAGUGGAACGAAUCAUUUAGCUUUGAUCUCGGGUCUGAUGAUGCUCACAAAAGAAUCUCAAUGGAGGUGUGGGACUGGGACCGCACAUCCCGCAAUGACUUCAUGGGGUCGCUGUCGUUCGGGAUCUCGGAGAUCCUCAAGAAUCCGGCAGAUGGCUGGUACAAGCUCCUGAGCCAGGAGGAGGGGGAGUUCUAUGGUAUUCCAGUCAGUGACGAAGUUGAACCCACCAUCGAAGAGCUCAAACAACUACAAGUCGAGCGCCAGGAAAGUAAUGAAAAGAAGAUGGUACCACUUGACAAGGCUCAGAACGUCAGUCGGCAAGACAUUGUACGUGCAAGUGACUUCAACUUUCUUACAGUUUUAGGAAAAGGUAGUUUUGGAAAGGUAGUUUUAGCAGAAAGGAAAGGGACUGACGAACUUUAUGCAAUUAAAAUAUUGAAGAAAGAUGUCAUCAUUCAAGAUGAUGAUGUAGAAUGUACGAUGAUAGAAAAACGGGUUCUGGCGCUGCCCACCAAACCUCCAUUCCUUGUUCUCCUUCACUCCUGUUUCCAGACCAUGGACCGCCUGUAUUUUGUGAUGGAAUAUGUGAAUGGUGGGGACUUAAUGUAUCGAAUCCAACAGGAAGGAAAGUUCAAAGAGCCUGUGGCUGCGUUUUAUGCAGCUGAAAUUGCCAUAGGUCUUUUCUAUCUCCAUUCCCAAGGAAUCAUCUAUAGAGAUCUUAAACUUGAUAAUGUGAUGUUAGAUGCCGAAGGACACAUCAAGAUAGCUGACUUUGGCAUGUGUAAAGAAGGAAUCAUCAACAACAAAACAACACGGACAUUCUGUGGAACACCGGAUUACAUUGCGCCCGAGAUUGUGUUGUACCAGCCAUACGGCAAGUCGGUCGACUGGUGGGCAUUCGGGGUGUUACUCUACGAGAUGCUUGCUGGACAGCCUCCAUUUGAUGGUGAGGACGAAGAGGAGCUGUUCACGUCGAUCACCGACCACAACGUGUCUUACCCCAAGUCUAUGUCCAGGGAGGCUGUGUCCAUCUGCAAGGGGUUGUUGACGAAGAACCCCCAGAAGCGACUUGGGUGUGGCCCAACUGGCGAGCGAGACAUAAAGGAUCAUGCAUUCUUCAGAAGGAUAAACUGGGAGAAGAUCGAAGGCAUGGAGAUUCAGCCUCCGUACAAACCCAAGAUUGGUUUUCAUGGCACGAAAAGUCGUAAAGAUGUCAGCAACUUUGAUCGUGAAUUUACAUCCGAACCACCUAAAUUGACGCCAACAGACAAGUUGUUUAUCAUGAACCUGGACCAGACUGAGUUCCAGGGCUUCUCAUACGUCAACCCCGAGUUUGUGGUCAAUGUGUAACUCUCCAGCACAAGAAACAGAAAUAUAGCUCUCUUCAACGACCAUAUUGGAAAGAAAAACAAGAUGGCUGCCAUGGGUUUUGACUAUUGAGAAUGCUAUGCCACGGUUCCCAUUGUGGCUGUUCUUGCCGCCAAUCACUAGUGGCUGGCACUUCUGGGAAGAUGAUUGGCAGAUGUGAAAUGAGUGUGACCUGAUGCUGGCAAGUUGUGAUUUCACUAAAACAGUUGUCAACUGUGGCUCAUUGGAUACCAUCGCGUGACGAGUCAUACUACGAUAAAGGGACUAUGUAGGAUUGUUUAUCAUUGAUAAGUUGCAUACAGUGUACAAUUAUUUCAAUCUGUUUAAGUAUGACCUUUUGUGUAUUCACUGGUGGCAAAACCUUUCUAGUGUUUUGACUGAUUUACUUUCUGUGUAUAGGUGCACAUCCUUGAGUCUACUUGAUAGAUGUUUGGUUUACAGUUAUCUUGUACAGACAGUAUAUAAGUCACAUGCAAAUUAGUCAGUAUAUGACUUUGAUAUUUCAAGGUUUAAGUAUUUUUGAUUUAUAUGUUUUCCAUGUAUUUCAGCCAAGUAACAAAAAACGUUCUUAACAAAAUGUGUAACAUAUGUGAUAACAUGCACAAGAAAUCUUGCCAAAAUAUAUGUCGACAUCAGAUCAUGUAUGUUCCAUUACUACUGAUUAAGGUAAGCUGUACACUAGCUGUCGAUAACAUAAGUGUAUCAUGUGAUUGAUCGGCAAUAAAGGUAGGACAGCCGAUGUAUAUUUAAUCAUUAAAUAGGAUGUCAAUUUUAUCACACCACACAAAUAUUAAAAUUUGCAGGUAAUCAUUAAAGUUGCACCAAGUUACAAGGAGUAUUGUUCAGAUAUCGGAGUCUACAUGGUUCGAGAGUAGUCUAAUCAAUAACGUUAAACAAAAGGGACAGAAAAAUUAUCAUCAUCAUAGGAUAAAAGCAGAGCCCAUUGUAUGUUACAUUGUUGGGCCUAUAGGCUGUAUAUGGAACUUCAUAAUUAUCAUGUCUCCUUUUUCAAGUCAAGAGUGUAAGUAGACUAUUUGCAUUAUACAGAAUAGCUCUAUGGACUUUUGAAUCCCAUUGGGUUCAGAAAGUGAGGAAUGAAAAAGAGAUUAUGUGCAGAGGUUAAAUAGUAUUUCUAUUAUGUGUGAAAGAUUGUAAGGUUACCUGGGAAGGUCCAUAAGUAUUCCAGUUGAUAGGAAACAAAAGGCUUCAGCAUCAGUUUGGGACAACCCAGUUGGUGCAGCAGGAGCUGGUCACCUGAUCACCUGAUCAUCUGGUCACCUGGUCAUCUGGUCACCUGAUCAUCUGGUCGCCUGAUCAUCUGGUCACCUGAUCAUUUGGUCACCUGAUCACCUGGUCAUCCGGUCACCUGAUCAUCUGGUCAUCAUCUGGUCACCAGGUCACCUGUUCACCUGUUCACCAGAUCACCUGGUCACCUGAUCAUCUAGUCACCCGGUCACCUGAUCAUCUGGUCACCCGGUCACCUGGUCACCUGAUCAUCUGGUCACCUGAUCACCUGGUCAUCCGGUCACCUGAUCAUCUGGUCAUCAUCCGGUCACCUGAUCAUCUGGUCACCCGGUCACCUGAUCAUCUGGUCACCCGGUCACCUGAUCAUCUGAUCACCAGGUCAUCUGAUCAUCUGGUCGCCUGAUCAUCUGGUCACCUGAUCAUCUGGUCACCCGGUCACCUGAUCAUCUGGUCACCCGGUCACCUGGUCACCUGAUCAUCUGAUCACCUGGUCACCUGAUCAUCUGAUGCUGCUUCUGCAUGGCCCAUCUGCUGCAUGCCUGAGGGAGACGAUCACUUGUGUUUUAUUGACAAAGUACUGAUUUACUCAGUUGACCAUAUGUUGCAGAGUGAGGCACUUUCAUAUUUACUGACUUACUGAUUUGGCCAGUUAUAUUUUUAUCAUUGGGAUUGAGUUUGGCAAUUUUAUAUUUACCAUUGGGAUUGAGCUAGGCAGUUAAAUAUUUACCAUGGGGAUUGAGUUAGGCAGUUUUAUAUUUACCAUGGGGAUUGAGUUAGGCAGUUUUAUAUUUACCAUGGGGAUUGAGUUAGGCAGUUUUAUAUUUACCAUGGGGAUUGAGUUAGGCAGUUUUAUAUUUAUAAGGGAUCUUGGCUAGGCAGUUUAAUAUAUACAACUUGCUUUCUUCUUAGUCUGUUCAUUCAAGGAUAUUGAAAACAUCCUACAUGUCGGUUUGUUAUAUACUUCAUCAGUAUUAUGAUUACAAGAUCUGUCAACAGAUAAAUAAUAUCCUAUGAUGAUCAAUUUGCUUGUUGACUUGUAUUACUGAUAUCUUGUGCAUGAUAAUUGCUGGUCCCUGUUUUCUAUUUCAGUGACAUUCAUAGGCAUGCCUUGUAGAUUUCAUUGUCAUUAUCGCUCCGUGUCAUAUAUUUGACAUGAAAUCAGUGCAUGAGAAUCUUAAUUAUUAUUGUGUAGUUUGAAGUGAUUUGAGAUGUUUAUCCUGUUUUAAAGAUGGUUUUCACUCUGGACCAGUCACUUGUCUCAAUUAGUCACAUAUAUCGUUAUUCACAACUGUAAUCGACCAAAUGUGAGUCAACCACAUGCAUGCUUUUGUAGGGGGAUUGAGGAAAUCAGAUCAGCUGUUUGUAUUAUAACAGAUUGAUUUAUUUGAAAUGUCAUAAUCAUAUCCUAUUUUAAGACGUUCAUGUAUUAAUCUAAGGUAGAACUGAUUUGCCAGUUUUGUUUGGGUAAACUUUGCACUAGCAGUAGUUAAAUUUGGUAAAUACCAAGUAUUUCUUUUAACAGCAGGAUUCAAACAUGUGUCAUAUUGACAAGUUACUUAGUAUCAGCACUUUAACCAACUCGUACCAAUGUAUGACACACGACUGUGAUGGAAGUAGGGAACAAACCCCUGAGUAAGAUUGUUGAACACUUACAGGAAUGUCGAUCUCCGUAACCAUUCUUCAUUACUAGAGUUGUAUUUUGAUAUGAGUUGUGUUGAGUUUAAUUAUGCUUUGAAGUGUUGGCACUGCUAGAGAUACAUGUAGAAUAGUUUCACAUGUCGGAGAGACAAGUAGUCUCGUGUAUUUCCUUGCCUCACACUUAACUCAUAUAAGGCUAAAAAAAUAAUAGUCUUGGUUCUCAGGCUCCGCAUGUAUCAUCAUUAAGUCAGCCGUAUGUUUCGUUUUUAUUUCCAAUUUCAAAAAAAAUAAAUAAUAUGUUUUAAUAUUUCGCAUCUCGAACACGCGACCCUGGCAGUGAAAUUCUACAAUACUUAAGAACAACAUGAUUUUACUGAAAUUAUUGUAAACGAACUUUGGUUUUUAUACUUGCUUGAAAAAAACAAAAAAAACACCAUCGCCCACCCGCCCGCAUUAUUUAAAGCCAUUGCCUGAAAACCAAUUCUUUUAUUUAUUUGAAGCCUAAGGUGUUAUUGAAUCAACCGUUGCAUUCAAUUGAAGAAUACAAGACAUGUGUGACACAUUGUGGUCAGUAUUCUGUAUCAAGUUUGAAAUUUACAAAGCAAAUGUGAUUUCCUGUUGAAUAUGAACAAUGUGUUUGUCGUAAUAUAUUCUGAAUUCAAGUUGAAAUGAACAAGGAAAAUUGGACUUCUGAACGAUUGCAUCAAAGAGCUUGUGAUAUUAUUGAGGAUUGAUUACAAGCAACUCAAUAUUGAUUUCAGUCUAGAUAAUAUAUAUUGUUAUUCCCAAUUAAUGAGGAGUAGCAAUGCCACUCGGUCAUGUCAUGUGACAGUAGUGUUUCACUUGUGACUCAUUUCAAAAGGUGUCUAUCUACAGCGCUUUAUGACAUUUCAGUGACACAUUUGUUAUGGAAUUAAGUAAAGCAUAUUACAAUUUUUUGUUCAGUUUAUAUUUUGUGCAAUUUUGUUUAUAUUUACCUAUGUUUUGUAGAGUAUAUUACAUUAUUGUGAGGUUGAAUUCUCAAAAUAGUUUGUUUAUUUUAACAAAAUCAAAUAUUUCUGUUCAGGGACAACAUUGUUGCUUGUUUGCUUAAUCAAAAAUAUCUUAAUUUAGCUUUGCUACAAGCGUAAGUAUUUCCCAGUUCAAAGAUACAAAAUUAACGUGAAGGGGUAUGCAUGUUUUAUGAAUCAUACUGACAUUUGGAUAUUUAUGACUCACAAUUUUAUGAUGUGAAUAAUCAUGGAGAAUAAUCUCCAACUGAAUAGUGUUUAUGAGUGUUUAUUAUUGUUUAUUAUUGUUUAUGGUAUUUGUCUUUUCCCUAUGCUAAGUUUGUUAUUUUCAUUUAUAACAUAUCCCAAGGUGCAUACAGUAAUAUUUUGUUACUUUACAAUUACACGAAUUUACUUGACAAAACUGAAUAAGAUCUUAUGAUUGUUUUCAAUCAGAGAUUUUACCAACUGUUAACAUGUUGCCUAUGGUAUUGAUGCGAUGUACGUACUGUAGCUUAUAGAAGUGGUAGUGCUUCAAAUUUUAAGCGUUUUUCUGUUAUUUUGUCUUUGGUAUGGGCAUAAAUCAUAUAGGUAGUUCAAUUACUUCAUAAAAAUACCCACACUUUCAAUGGAGAUUCAAUAAUGCCUAAUUUGUUUGUAUAAUUAUGCAGUUUUCAAAGACCAAAUAUUUCCAAGCCCCCCAUGAGGUUGUGAUUAGACACAGGCAGGUGUGGUAAGUUACUCAACCUGUGUUCACAUUUAGCCUUGGUGUUUUUUAAUUAUGUGUAUGGUACUUGUGACGAUCAGGGUUGAUCUGUGUUACUAUGGAGAACUGGCUUGUCAAACUCCUCUACUUAAAAUACCAUCAGAUUGAUGUGCUUCAUGUGCACGCAUUCAGAAUUUCUCUCAUAUGUGUUAAUUCGCUCAAAGUUAUGUUGUAAGAAAUGUUUGGCAGUUUUGCCCAGUCUCCAAGCAGAGACAGGGGUAAUUGCGUGAUACACCUUUAACAGUUUCGACUCUUGAAUAUUUUUCAAACUUGACACAGGUUGUCAAUUUAUGUUGAACAACCUUGAAAUUUAUCACAAAUAAUUCUGCCUCUGUACAUGAUAUUCAACUGCAUAAUCACAUGACUAAUUUUUAUUGUAAAAUUUCUUAUUAUGUUAAAGUUUCACUCAAAGCAUGUUAUGAUUGUUAACUUGUUGAUUUUUUGUUAAAUUUUUCACCCUUAAUCGCUCAAGCAUUCUUCCAUUCCACAACCAACCAGAGAAAUAAUCACUGGUCCACCUUAAUCUCUCAAAGGUGCAAGAUCAGAAAUGCAUUUUUUCUUAGACUGUUUAUUGCAAUUUCUGACAGAGAGUACGUCACACUCAGUUACAGGUAUUUUAGUGACUGCCAAAUAUGUUCAAUUUAAUGCUCAAAGCAUUCCUCAAUCAUUGCCUUAGCUCAGAGUAGUGAUAUUUGGUGACUCUUUUCUCCAUUUCAAAUAGGGUGGUCGGAUAGCCUAGUGGUUAAAGCAUUCACUCGUCACGCCGAAGACCUGGGUUCGAUUCCCGACAUAGGUACAAUGUGUGAAGCCCAUUUCUGGUGUCCCACGCCGUGAUAUUGGAAGAUUGCUAAAAGCGGCGUAAAACCAUAAUCACUCACUCACUCACUCACUCACUCACUCACUCACUACAUUUCAAAUAAAGCUUAAAAAAUGCAAACACUUCUAACUCUGUACCUUUAAGUAUUGUCAAAUGUAAAACAUAGAUUCAAACUCUCUGUACUCUGUACAUUGUCUUGUCAAUAUAGCCAAGGCUUGAGUGAGUCAUAAUCAAUUGAUUUAUGUUAUUGAUCAUCUCUACUUGUUCAAUGACUGGUUGUGUUACGUUACAGAUGUUUAUUUGUAGCUCCCAGUCCUCACUGCCAAGUCUACUUUUACAUACAUAACCAAGAAGUCGGUUUUAGUUGCUCUAUAUACAGAUCAAGUUCAUAAUGGCGUGUAUAUUUUGCUUCUCGUCAGGUGCCCAGCAGCACUUGUUGAUGUAUUUUUUAAAUAACAUUUGAUUUUAGAAUGGAUCUUUAAGGAAAUGGAAACCUCUAGAAAAUUAUAUACUACUCAAAAGAAGUUAAGGAACUCCCAAUUAUUUCCUGUUACUGUAGUUUAUCUGUCAUGGCAUGAAAGAAUCAGGUGUCCUUUUACUUUUUUUGAGUGGUAUAUUUGAUUUGUGGGAAGUAAGACAGCAAGGUUUGCUCAGUAUGAGGUGUUGUUCUUGUGUGUAAUCUCAUUUUGGUCUUUGCUCUAAUGACAUUUCUAAAUCUCCCAAAUCUGAUGUCGUAUAUUUCAAAAUUUGAUGAAUUUCUGAAAUCAUCCACAUGCAAUUUUUCUGUUUCUUUCUCGAUGUUCAAUACACAUUAAUCAAAGAAGAUUGUAAAUUCAUUAAGAAAAAUCAUCAAAGAUUCAAUGAAUUCUUAAGUGUUUUCUUUUUUGGAGUAUUUGAUUUCCUUGUGACAUUUUGAAUUUUUCUGGUUCAGAAGUAUUUACACUAUGUUGGGAUUGGGAUGCGCUUUUUGUUUGUUCGUUCAUGGAAGUGGGUUAGUGGUUAUGAGUGUCAGUUUCCUGAUAUAUGCCUGUCUGUGUGUACAAGGAAGUGUUGAUUUCUGAUGUAUAGACAUGCUCUGUCAUGCCAUCAGCUGUUGAUGACCUUGAACACAAUAUCUCCCAUCUCGGCUCGACCCCUCGCUAUGCAGCAUUCGACUCCAUCUUGGCAGAGAUGUGAUCCAGAUUGACAUGAUUGACAGAUAUGAUUGACACAUGUAACUGACCAUGAUGUAGGUGAAUGACAAGAUGACAUUGACAACAUCAGUGACAGGCUGACAGGCUGACAGGAGGAUAGUGCUGUGAAGAUGUCAUGUAAAUUUGUUUUAGGUAUAAAUUUUUACACUGAAAAUGAAAACAGAAAAACAAUAAUAAAAAAAUAUGUAUAAAAUAAAAGCAGAAACUAUGAUUUACUACCAAAUGAGAAAUUGUUUUUUUCUGAAAUGCACCGGAAUACCACAUAGUGCUGUGGUUCAAGGGAUGUUGAUUUCACAUGUUCAUCGACACAGCAGUAUAGGUCUCUGUUACUGUAUGUUGCUAUGGUUACCUGAGGUACUGGAUAGGACAUUUUCUGCAUUGGCAGUGGUAAUCAGGUCUCACCUGUCGACACCACCUAACCACUGCCACGAGUGAUGGCAGAAUCUGGUCUGAUGGGUAGUAACUUGAUACUUAAGUGGAAUUUAGUAACGAAUUGAAGCUCUUCCGACUGGAGAGAAUGACAUUUAGGAUGAGGUAGAGAUGAAGAAAUGAUGAAGAGUGUGAUGCUGCGGCUGCAGUAAGGUGAAGGUUAUGAUGAAGGAAGGAAACGUUUGGCAAAGAUCUACUGCUGCUGUAGUAGGGAGCUGAAUAAGCUGGAAGGAGGAGGAUGCCAUGUACACACGUUGUCAUGGUUACUGUCCUCAACAGCUGACAUGUUGCGAUCUGAUGCUGCUUAAAACUGCAAUUAUAUCAUGGACAAAGUCAUGGACAGAAACUAGAUAUAUACUGAACCGCAAAAGGAACAUUACUUCAUGAAAAAACUUCAUUAAAGUUACCCAAGGAGGUUUCUAAUUUUUUGCGUUAGUUUGUAUCCACAUUUCAUGUCAACAGAUGAGAAGUGACACAAAGAUGGAUAUAAUGGGUAUCAUGAUAAUCAAAAUUCACUUGUGUUUCCUUGUGCCUUUUCUGAUAAUCGACACCCCAAUACGUGCAUCGAACAUUCUUGCAUCGAUACCAGCGCCAUGCCAAGACUUGUGAUACUGACUUACGUAAAAAAUGGGAUACCUCCAAAAAAUGCAUUGAUAUUUCAAUGGGAAACUUUCAUGAAUUAUUUUCAUGAAGUGAUGUUUCUUUUGAAGUUCAGUAUAUUAUGAAAUGCAACACCCUGGUCCCUUUAGAGAUUUUGAAGUUUUUGGAUUUUAAUUUGUUUCAGAUAAUUUGUUUGGCUUAAUAUAAUGUAUAUUUCCAUCAAUUUCAUGUGAUAAUUUGAAAUAUGAAGUUGGAUAUGGAUUUAUGACCAGGACUGAUAUAUUGCCAGCACCUUAUUGACGACAGUGCUUACAGCAAUAUUAUGAUCGUGACAGAAACAGCUGUGUGUUUGUGUUUGUUUCGUACAAGAGUAACAGAUGGACGUUUACGCCAGAUUGUUGUCGGAUCUCAUAGUGGAGCUGGGCUGAGGACAUAUUGCAUUCAGGUCAGCUGUAGUUGGAGAUGACUGACAUGAAAUAUACAUGAUAUUGAUUCAUGUGGGUCGGGCAGAUACAGAUUGAUCCAACACUGCAGUACUGGCUCGGGUUGCAAUGUACACCCGUGAAUGAUGGACCUUGGAAUGAUCACAGUGCACAUGGGCAUGCAUGACUGUAGGGCUGAAGGGGGUUCACACAAUGGGCAGUUUAAUAGAGGCAUUGUCUGCCAAAAAUCAAACAAAUUCAGCUUUUUUUUCAGUAUUUUGGCAAAGGAAAAAAUAGCACAUAUCAUCAAAUUACAUUUUCAUCAUUUCAAUACAUGAAUAAAAAUAUGCCUAUUUCUGAAAAAUGUUUUGGUAGGAUAUGAAAUUUCUUUCAAUGAACAGUAAGGGAAAAGGCAAGAAGCAUUAAGUUUGUGAAGUGAUGAAUACUUUUCACACAGCCCUGUGUUGAUGUGGUAUGUGAUGGAAACUGGCGUUGGGAUUAUACAGCUUAAGCUGACACUGGGAGGAGUCUUUGAAAUUCAUGCUGUUCGGCUAGCCCGAGACUACUAAAUUGUGCUGAGGUCAAGUUAGAAUCCAGUGAUGGUAGUCCUCACUGACUAGUAGCAUUUGAGGGCUGUAAUUCUGAACCAGUUCUCAAUGUUUCAGUUUAGCUUCAUAUCGAAGGGAAUAAAACUGACAGGAAAUUUAGAUGUUGUAAACAUUUCUAUCUCGGCUACAACAAACUCAGAGAACUGGUGUAUAAAGGCUUCAACUCAUCCUCUAGGCUAGUCUCUACAAAAAUGAAUUUCUAAGGCUGGGGGAGAUAUUAUAACCAUGCAACAUUUAAAAAAACAAACAUGCAUAAUGAAAGUUAUUACUAAAAAUCUGUUUUAUUUAUGGGUUUUUUCAUAUCACUAUUUUACUAAAACCAUUUGCAUAAUUUAUUUUCUAAUGUAAUCUUGUCAGCUAGGUAACUAUAGAAUGGCAUGGCUAAAGAAUAGACCACUUUGAUGAUUGACAGAUGAUGAACGGAUGAUUGACAAGUGGAACAUGAUCAUGAACUAUUUGUGCCCAUGACGUCUUCAUGAAUACUUGCAUAUAAUCUGUAUGACACCUUCAACAUACAAUGAAAGACUGUGUUCACCAAAACUGUCAUCACAGUUAUUAAAUUUACAUAAACUUUUCAAAAUUAUUAUCAUAUACCUUCAAAAUCAUUGUUUAUCAAAUAUGAAUAUAACAACAUAAUAUAUACUUGUAUAUAAAUGUCCUUAUUUCAUGAAAUUGUGAUGUGAGAACCUAUUGUGGCAUUUUGUUCAGAAAGUCUUUUCUUUCUUUCUUUUUAUCCUUUCCUUCUAACCAUAGUGGCACCACAGAUCCAAUUCAGUGCACUCUUCCUUGUAUAUAUGAACAUUGUGAAUCUCUGUGGAACAAUGUGGCGAGGACCACCACCAAUAUGGAUCCAGCCUUCUGUGCUCCUGGUUCAGAGGGACAAUGUAGUGUUUUAGUGUCUUAUAUGCAUCAUAUUGUUAUAUCUUAUGCAGACUGACCGAAGAAGUGCAUGCAGACCUGGGAUAUAUUUAACAUACAACUAUUUACACAAUCAAAUUCAUUUCAUUCAUUUUUGGUUAAAAAAUGAGUUUGAUGUUUAUUACAUUUAUCUGUGUAAUCCAGGUUUUAUGUUAUAGGUAACUGAAGACAUUUAUGACAUUUUGGAGUUACAGAGUUUCAUUUUAAAAAAUGUAUUUGGGACGUCUGAAAUUAGAAAAAAUAUAAUCCAUUGUACAGGAUGUUGUAAUUAUCUUACAUUUUGAUUUGGAUUGGUAAUAUGAUAUAAGAACAUCAGGAACAAAAUCAGUUUCAGUCAUGUUAUAAUCCCUUGGAUUUUUUUUUUCCCAAAACGAUCUUUACUGGCAGCGGUUUAUGAAAAAACUCAUUCUGAUUGAUUUGUUUCUGAAUUUUCUAUUUAUAAGGUCAGAUUUGUAAACGAGGCAAAAAAAAUUGUAUAAUUUGAUCAUGUAUGUCUUUGUUACUUUUUUUAAAUAUUCUCACUGCAUGGACUCAAAUAUGUCACUCAGUAAGAGCUCAGUAUUUUCUUUUGAUGGAAUUACACUAAGUAUUUAAUGUAUUAAGAGUAUAUGCAUCGGUUGGUAAGUUUAAUGUUAAGUUAGCUGUGUAUCAUUUGUCAAUAAUCUCGACAGUACAUAAGUCAAGCUGAAAUGGGAAUAAUUUCUACAUAUGUCUGUGAAUGUUAAAGUUGUUAUGUUAGUCUAUCCCAGAUCUUCAUGACUGGGGAUGUAUGUUGUGUGGUCCACACAGUGUCUGCGAGGGAGGGGUGUGCACACCUAGUGCAGGGGAGGGGGGGAGUGCUAUCAAGAGGUUUCUUUAUAUUACAGAGUUGAUUUAUUCCAGAUUUCUACCUUACAGCGUUUCAGAUGCUUUAUUUCUUGGCAUGGAGCUCCAGCUGUAUACGACUAGACUACAAUGCCAUUCCUAGCAUUUCACCUGCUAGACAAAUGUUGUGUCUCCUCAUAUCGACUAAAUAAAUGGAUUGCCUGUCCUAUUUA